UAUGGCAGCGCCCUACAUGUAGGCAUGCUACAUAUUCUUAUUUACAACCUUUUGGUUAAACUGUGCUAGUUCACACUUUCAUUUCACCGCUUCAUGUCCAUGUGGGGUCUGUACCAGACAACAUUAACUGCUUUUGUCAUCUGUACCAGAUACAUGUUGAUUUUCGGAAUAAAUGGACAAAUUGGUGACACUAUCUGUGAUUGUGGUUCAUAUGUCAAUCGUGCGACAGAAUAGUGAAAUGAAAGUACACAGCUAGCCAUGGCAGAGGAACAGGAGCAUUUGGAUACCGCGAGGAUAAGAACCCUCUCGAUUAAGGCCGAUGAGAAUUAUUUGGUAGCCUGUGAGAGGUACAUUAAGAAAAUAGACUCCAUAUGCUGUAAGUUGAAAAACACUGUGGCUGAACUUAGUACUGUUGAAACAAGUGAUAAAACACAAGUCCAAGAAUGGAGAGUGAAACUUUGUGCAAUAAGAAAAGAAUAUGAAAUUCUGUCCUAUGAAUAUCUGGGCUUUUUACAGAGAACACACACUGAAAAUAGUUUAUGUAAAUACAAUGAACAUAAAAACAACAUGACAUCCAUGAAUGAGACUGUAAAAGACGCCAUGGACUCAAUUAGGGACAUUCCUACUUCAAAGGAUCCAGUUUCUGAGGAAAUUGACAAUUCUGUGAAAGUAAGGAAGAGUAGUGUUAGCUCUCAUAGUGUUACUACAAGCGGAAAAUCCAAAACCAGUAUAGCAACACAGAAACGUGCUAAAGCUGAGGCAGCACGAGCUAGCUUAGAGAUUGCUAAAAAGGAGGUCCUUCUAAGGAAACAGAUGGCAGCUCUUGAGGAGGAGGGUAGAUUGGCCGAAGCUAAGAAGGACAGAAUUAAGGCCGAGUACAAUGCUGACCUUACAUUGCUGGCCGAGGAAAAGGAAGUGGCUGCGGCAGAUGCUGAGGCUUCAUAUUUAGAGUCAGAGUCUGGCAGUGUCAGAUCUAGAGGUUCUUUUAUCUUGCAUCAUUCAAUACCUACACGUAUCUCUAACACAGAAGAAAUGACGAGACAGUAUGUGGCUAGUCUACCAGAUUGGAAUGUGCAGGAUAAAGGUAAUUUACAUGUAUCACAGACUGAAGGUGAAAUAUACACAAACAUUCAGAACAUUACGCAUACUGUCCCCAUGGAUACACAGAUGCAGCAGUCAGUGGUAUUGGCACCUAAAGCACCACCCUUCAUACCUCAUAGAGCUAGCAAAGAUUGUUCAGUGAAACCAGACACUGAAGCUUUAACAUCUUUCCUGUUGAAGAAAGAGCUGUUGCUACAGCGACUCUACAAGUUUGAUGAUGAGCCUCCAUCUUUUGUUGUAUGGAAGGCUAGCUUUAAUAGUGUUACACAAGAACUUAAGGUGAACUCAUUUGUGCAGUUAGACUUGUUGGUGAAGUAUCUUGGAAAGGAAUCUUCCUUAUAUGCCCAGAGUUUACGCACGUCUAAUGCCAGAAAUCCUGAACGUGCUGUGAGGUUAAUAUGGGAGCGUUUAGAGGAAAGAUAUGGGUGCCCUGAGAUGAUUGAGUUUGCUCUUAAGUCAAAACUGGAAAAGUUCCCUGUGUUGUCAAACGAGGACAAUAAGAAACUAUAUGAGCUCAGCGACGUACUGGAUGAGGUUCUGUCAGCGAAGGAAGAUCCUAGGUUCGCUGUACAGUUCGCUGUGUUUGACUCAUCACGUGGGGUGAAUAGUAUUGUUGCGAAAUUACCUUACAACAUUCAACAGAAAUGGGUGACACAUGCAUCUAGAUACAAGAAACAGAGGAAUAUUCCUUAUCCAUCUUUCUCUGUAUUUGUUGAGUUCAUUCACGACGUCUGCAAAAUAAGAAAUGACCCAGCAUUCAAUUGGAAGCCGUACCUGUACCUAAUCAGAAGAAGGAGAAAUCUGCUCCCCAGCGUAAAAAUGACAAAGUGUUUGUGGUCAACCGGAAAACUGGUGUUCAGGAGGAACAGACAGAGACCAACAAAGACAACAGGAUGA